AUGGAUUUCUUACCAUGUGGUAUGUAUUCCAUGGCAGACUCUACACUUCCAGACCCUGCAGAUGGUCACGGAACACAUUCUAAAAAAAGUCGUGAAAAAAAUGCAAUACCAGGGAUGGCCACAUUGACUAGAGAAGAACGGCGGAGAAGACGGAGGGCAACACAAAAAUACAGAAUGGCUCAUGCUACGCGUGAACGAGUUAGAGUCGAAGCUUUCAAUGUGGCGUUUGGCGAAUUACGUAAACUUUUGCCUACUAUACCACCUGAUAAAAAACUAUCAAAAAUUGAAAUUUUAAGGCUUGCGAUUUGUUACAUUAUGUAUCUAAAUCAAUUUUUGGAAACGUAAAUACUUAUUUAAUUAAAUACGCAGAAUUUGGAUUAUUCAUAUAGUCUGAGUGACUUCACAAAUUAAUUUAAUAUUCUGAUUAUUAUUAUUAUAAUUCGUUGUAAACAUUUGAUGUAAAUUCGAUAGUUGUUAAACGGCUAAUGUUUAAAUAUAGUGCCAUUUAAAACUUCUAGUUGUGACCAAGGCUGGAUUAAGGGGGGAUCUAGCUGUGGUGGUAGUCCCGGGGUCCUCUCGAUUACCUAAGUGAAAGGGACCCAAACAAUUUUAAGCCGAUACACAUUUUUUAUCAUACUAAAAUUAGUAGUUUUAUAGACAUAAAUUUUAUAUACCUAUUAAUUUUAUAAUUUUAUAAUGCAAUUGACAAUUUGUGCUUUAAUCCGGCCUUGGUUGUGACUCGUUAUUAUUUUGCGAAACUAACAGAAAUUAAAUUUAUAAUAUUUAAAUUGAAUAACUUUAAUAAUAAUAUCACGUAUUUGACAG